UUUGAACAGCAAGCCUCAAAAAAGGCUGAUUAGUUUCUUAGUCACUCUAAUAUCACUUAUUGUAUAGCCUUGAGAAAGGCUGACUAAUUGUUAGUCUUUCAAAAGACUGUUAGUGAUUCAGGCAGCCUUGAAUCAAUGAAACUCUAGGUAGCCAGAAAAAAUUUCCAGCAGCCAAGAGCUAUACGCGUGCGGUGCGAAAGACUGUUCAACACCGACUGAUUCAAUGAACAGUUGUUUUUUCGAAUUCCACAGUAAUAUUUUUGCUGUUAUGAGUAAUAUGAGAAAGGCAUCCUUACACCACUAGGUGGAUUAAAACAGGUUUUUGCUGUGUGGGAACACCUUUCUGUACAUCAUAAAAUAACGCCAUAGUCGAUUGCUGCGCAUGUAUCAAUUGAUACUUACAGCUAUCGAUACUUUAUUGCCUUUUGAUACCUUGUAGCGAUACCCAAAAUUUCGGUAUCCCGAUUCCCUAGGUAUCGAUACUUUGCCUUCCUAGUACCAUCCCUAAUCAACUCAUCAUUAUCAAGAGAGUUUAUAAAAAAAAUUCCAAUGCAGUGCCAACGAAAGUAGAACUAUUCUGCUCUGCCUGUGCCAAAAACGCCACUGAAAUUUAACGUACACUUAUUUUACAACCAACGUCUGAUGCUCUGAAGCUGCAUUUUAAACUGAUACAAUUAGAGCUAACAUGCAUACACACACACCGGUUGCUUAUCAAGUAAUCCCAAUGUACAAAAGAAGAGGCAUCACAUUGUCUAAAAAAGUUUACCGCUGGUCUUUGAAGGGUUUGCCUCUUUCAAUUAUGUCAUAAUGUAUGGAAAAGGUCACUCUAUAAUGAUUGCAGUCUCCAGAUUAGCUGCCUGUUAUAAAUCAAAAGCCGUGCGAAAACGAUUUCACUUCGUGUUUUUCCGUUGCCACGGCUAGAAACGUUCAAGUCCAAUGUAUCCACGAUUGUCUAUUUCUGUACUGAUUCUACUGAUUUCCAGUGAAAUCUUUGGGCUCGAGGGUGCUCAGGAUAUUGCACCGAAAACUUGUGUAUCGGACGGAUGUCUUCGAGGACGAUCUUUCACCAGCUAUGGUGGCAAACGCUACGAGGCUUAUCUAGGAGUUCCGUUUGCGAAACCUCCGGUUGAUAAACUUCGUUUCAAAAAUCCCGUGCCAGUGGAACCGUGGACCGGAGACUACGAUGCUUCGUUUGAGCGAAGUAAAUGCGUACAGAAGAACGACAUAUGGCUCAACCCCAAAGUGGAGGGUAGCGAGGAUUGUUUGUAUCUGAACUUGUAUAAACCCGUGACACCGAAAAAUCCUGAAAAACCAAUGGCCGUGAUGGUUUUCAUUCAUGGUGGCGGUUAUUUCUCCGGAUCGGCAUCGAUGGGUGAAUUUGGACCAGAUCGUCUGAUGGACACGGAAGAGGUGAUUUUAGUGGUUAUACAAUAUCGUCUGGGAGUGUUUGGAUUUUUUUCCACUGGUGAUCAAGCAGCUACGGGUAAUUUUGGUCUGAAAGAUCAAAGUGCGGCUUUACGAUGGGUACAGCGAAACAUUGCUCAAUUCGGAGGUGAUCCAGCACUUGUGACACUACUAGGGCAAAGUGCCGGCGGUGCUUCCGUACAAAUGCACAUGAUGAGUCCACUAAGUAAAGGAUUAUUCUCACGUGCAGUGGUGAUGAGUGGAAGUGCUCUUGGAUUUUGGAAUCAACCGAUCAAAGAACCACUGAAAUUUGCUCAACAACAAGCGGAAUCGGUUGGCAUCACUGCACCAGCCUCAAUGUCAUCGGAAGAGCUAGUUGAUGCCUUACGACAGGUUGAUGCUAUUAAGCUUGGCGAGAGUAUCGAUAAACUGAAGUUCUGGUUUAUUUACCCAAUAGCACCAUAUCAUUCAGUAAUAGAGAAACACGUGGACAACGAAACUUUCAUAAGUGAAGACCCUAGCAUAGUUUGGGCUAGGGGUGGAUAUCAUCCGAUUCCGUGGAGAACAGGUUUCGUACCAAAUGAAGGAACUUUCGCUUCUCUAGCCAUCAUCACCAAUGCCUCGCUGGUAGCUGAGCUGAAUGAACAUUCUAGUUCCUACAUUCCUCGAAUAUUCGGUUGCAAAGAGAACGAAAAGUCUCGGAAAAUGUUAAGAGAACGAUUCUUCCCCGAUGGAACCGACGAACAUUGGAUUACGGAUGCAAAUCUCAAUAACUUACAGCAGGCUUUCAGUGAGGCAUACAUCACCUAUGCGAUUGCAAUGAGCGUGAAGCAGUAUGCAAAUCAUGAGACAACCAAAAAUCCUCUUGAUCUGUACUACUUCAACUUCAAAGGAAAUCAUUCGCAUUCGAAGUUCGCUACAAAUUCAGGUUCUGAUUACGGCGUAUGCCAUUCUGAUGAUCUUUCCUAUCUAUUCCGAUCGAAAGACCUGUUUGAUGAUUUUGAACCUAACUCACCGGAGGCUGCAAUGUCUGAAAAACUAGUCGAAUAUUACACACAAUUUGCGUAUGACGGCGUAACUAAUCCCACCUGUCGGAAAAAAUGUGAAAUUCAAGAGUUCACAAAUGAUGUUAAUCAACCGUUUAAAAUCAAUUCAAUUGAUGGAUUCGAUCAAGAAAUGGUUGCGUUUUGGACUGAGAUCUACAAAUAACCCGACACGAAAUUACUCAUCUCAAGCAAUUACUUUAUCAUUCAACCAAUCGAACGGCCUCCAGAAGAUAGAACUAAUUGGAGAUCAAAGUUAAAAAAAAACUGUUUUAAUCCACCUAGUGGUGUAAUGAUGCCUUUCUCAUAUCAAUCAUACUAUCAUAUAAAAUACUGUGGUAUUCUUCAAAAUAAUUUUCUACGAUUCUUAAAAGAAUAACCGAAAUCGGUUUGAUUGACCGUGUACCGAAAAAAAACAAUCAAUUGGAAAAGAUUUGAGGUCGAUUUAGAAAUUUUUUUAAGGCUUUUGCCCAUUUUAUGCGAUGGUAUACAAUUUUUAACACACUUUACCAUAUAUUUCUGGAUCUGGAGGUCGGAUCCGCAUGAAAUUCGGGAAUUACGCAUGGGACCACAGGACCUUUCAUUUGAAUUUAAGUUUGUGAAAAUCGGUUCAGCCAUCUCCGAGAAAAGUUAGUGCAAAAAAAACGUUACAUAUACACAUACGCACAUACACACACACAUACACACACAGACAUUUUGCGUACUCGACGAACUGAGUCGAAUGGUAUAUGACAAUCGGCCCUCCGGGCCUCGGUUCAAAAGUCGGUUUUCACAGUGAUUGCAUAACCUUUCUAUAUGAGAGAGGUAAAAAGAUGUAGAAUUGUUAUUUAAAUUACUUGAAUGAUGACAAGCUGAGCAUCUUGUUACGUUGAAUGUUUUAAAAUAAACAAUGCUAAUUGAUCGCAUUAGAAUCAGGGUUGCCACAUAUACAGAUUUAUCUGUGUUUUACAGAUUUUUCAGAUCAAUUUGUGACCUCUGUAUAAAUUAAAAACUGAAUUUGGUACUGUUUUUUCUCGAAGUAAAACCAUUAUCCUGAUUUUGUGUUGAUUCCAAAAAGAGGAUGAAACUAACGUAAGGGGAUGUCCAUAAAAGACGUCACGCCGCAAGGGGGAGGGGGAUGUUUCACAAAACGUGACCUUUUUGUGACAGGGGGAAGGGGGAGGGUUGUUGGACAUGUGACGUCCAAUAUUUUCAAUUAGCGCAUUUUUGAAAUACCUAAUUCUAUUACUGCUUUGCUCUAUUUCCUGAAAAAAAUCUCCCCAAUAAACGUUUACAUUCUGUAGGAAAACGUGUAUUCGGAAAUGAAUGAUGCAAGAAAUCAUUUCUGUUGUGAUGAACAAAAGUGCACGGAGGGGCGAGUAUUUUAACGAAAUUAAUAAAUUUUGCCUAAUAUGAGUAAAAAAA